AUCAGCCCAUUCGCCACGAGAUCAUCCUCGAGGACGGGGCCGUACCUCCGUGUGGUUGCCUCUACCGCAUGAGCGAGGAAGAGUUAAGUGUGCUACGUGCACAACUCGACGACCUUCUGGAGAAAGGCUGGAUUCGGCCUAGCUCUUCGGUAUACGGUGCUCUCGUUCUCUUCGUCCGGAAGAAGAAUAAGGACUUGCGGUUGUGCAUAGAUUAUCGCAAGCUCAACGCGCAAACCAUCAAGAACGCUGACCCUCUUCCUCGCAUUGACGACCUUCUCGAACGGCUGGGCGGCGCUCAAUUUUUGUCCAAGCUUGACCUCAAAUUGGGAUAUCACCAACUUGAGAUCCGGCAGGAGGACCGCUACAAGACCGCGUUCAAGACGCGAUAUGGGCAUUUCGAAUGGCUGGUUAUGUCUUUUGACCUUACGAAUGCCCCGACCACGUUCCAAACGGCUAUGACAAUGGAGUUCCGAAGGAUGCUCGACAGAUUUGCACUCAUCUACCUCGACGAUAUCUUGGUGCACAGCUGGAGUUUGGACGAGCAUGUGGAGCACCUGUGCAUCGUUUUGGAACGGCUACGACAAGCCAAAUACAAAGCCAACCGCGACAAAUGCGAAUUCACGCGGCAAGAGCUCGAGUACUUGGGCCAUUUUUUGAUGCCGCAAGGCAUCCGUCCGCUCGCGGACAAGAUCGAGGUCAUCCGAGUAUGGCCUGAGCCCACCAACACCACGACAGUUCGCUCAUUCAUGGGAUUGGCAGGCUACUACCAACACUUCAUCACCGAGUACUCAAGGAUGGCCGCACCAUUGACGAGACUACAAUCGCCAAAGGUGCCAUUCGUAUUCGAUGACAAAGCACGUCGAUCAUUCCAAGCACUCAAGACGGUCAUGCUCAUGGCACCUGUCCUUAGCAUCUACGACCCCACCUUGCCAACGAGAGUGACAACUUACGCUUCCGGCUAUGGCAUUGGGGCAGUCUUGAAACAACACGAUGACGAUGAUUGGCACCCCAUGGAGUAUUUCAGCCAUAGAGUGUCUCCCAUCAACUCACUUGAUGAUGCAAGGAAAAAGGAGCUACUCGCGUUCGUGAUGGCUCUCAAGCGUUGGCGGCACUUCCUCCUUGGGCGUCGUAGGUUCACAUGGGUUACGAAAAACAACCCGUUGACCUACUACGAGACGCAGGAUACGGUGAGCAACAAUAUCGAACGAUGGAUGUACUUCAUCCACCAAUUUGACUUCAAACCGAAACAUCUCGCCGGCCUCUCCAAUCGCGCAGCAGAUGCACUCUCGCGAAGACCCGAUCUUUGACCUGUGACACAUCAUGCCUUUGCGUUCGACGAGGAACUUCAGCGGCAUUUCAUUCGGGGCUACCAGUCCGAUCCAGAUUUCGCCACACUUUAUGCGCAACUAUCUUCGGAUCACCCGCCGGCCAGCCAUUAUCGCAUCACCGACGGGUACUUGCUUUUCUAUUCAUGACGCAAGGACUUAUUGUGUGUCCCACGAGACCGUCGUCUUCGGACUUGCCUUCUAGGUGAGUACCAUGACUCACGACUCGCCGGCCAUUUCAGAGUAAAUCGCACUAUUGCAC